UACGUGAUAUCCAAUGCGAGAAAUUAAAUUACUUUGGAAAUUAUAUAAAUGACAACAUGGAUACACAAGCCUGGUCUGAUAAAGUAUUAACCUCCGAAUAUUUGGAUUGGUAUUCCAAAUUAACUGAUUUGCCAACCACCAUAUCAGAUAAACUUCGUUCCAAGUUAUAUACAAG